CUUUGGCGCGCGUUAGGCGUCCUAGGAGUGCAGCGGCUUUGAAAUCUCGCUUUGUUAGUUUGAAUUCACAUCCAUUGUUUCUGACUUGGGUUAUUUUAGGCCUCUUGUUUCUUCAACCCUAGCUUCUUGUUGUUCCUCGAUUAACAUGUACGUGUUAAUUCAUAACGCAGUGUGUUAUAUACGAUGUGAAUAUAUGCGUGUUUUGUGCUUACGUCCCAGUCUCCUGAAUUUAGUAAAAAAUUAUGGAUUUUAAGGAAGCUCUCGUGUUUUAGAUGCCUAUCAGAGCUUUUUUUCAGGUAACCCAAAUUUUACUUUAAUCUGGGGCAUAUACAAAUUUUAAGUUGAUUUUUGACAACACUCCAAAUUCAUAAGAUUGGGUAGUUAGCUGAUUUGUCCACUGACGUUCUUUCAUUCUCCCAUCCUUUCUCAAAUCUUAUCUGUGCGCCCGUUCGACAAUAAUCGACCUUAAAUCUGGACCCAGACCGUUUAAAGACUUGGAUUUACCACAAAAAUUGCCUCUUUUUAGAGAUAUCUUUAAGCAGACCUUUUGCAGUCUAUCAAGAAUUUUAUGAAUUUUAGGAUUCACCACUUCAAAAAAUAUAAUUUAAGGAUUGUUCCGUGAAAAAUUUUACGUUAAGAUGAACUUCUCGGAUUUGGUGAAGGUUUCGAAUAGUUUGGUUGUUUUGUCUUCGAACGGCAUUUACGUUGCUUCUGGUUCCCAACACAAAGUUUAUAUUCGUAUAGCGAACACGCUUCAGAUAUUCCAAAUAUACAGUUGUGUGGAUAUAGUGCACAAUAUAUUGUGGUCAGCAGACUCCUUAUUCAUUCUGAGCACUCUAAAACAUCGUGGUAUAGUUCAGAUAUUUUCCCUAGAAAAUCCGGACUGGACCUGUAAAGUUGACGAAGGUUCUGCUGGGCUUCUUAAUGCUGUAUGGUCCCCUGACAGCAGACAUUUCUUGACUACAACUGAUUUCCAUUUGAGGAUAACCGUUUGGUCAAUAUCAGAAGUCUCAGUUUCGUAUCUGAAGUUUCCUAAAUCAUGUGCAAACAAUUUGGCAUUUUGUCCUGGUGGUCGUUACUUAACUUUACUCGAACGACGGAAUUUCCAAGAUCAUUUAAGUCUUUUUGAUUGCAGACUUCAAUGGACUAUUCUGUGGAACAUAAUGUUAGACACGGAUGAUGCUGUGGGAAUUGUAUGGUCUCCAGAUGGGCGCUAUAUUCUUGUGUAUGACAACUGCUUACGAUACAAAGCGUCUAUAUACAGUGUCGAUGGAAAACAUCUCACUUCUUAUUCUGCUUAUAAACCAACACAAGAGCUUCUAGGUAUAAAAUCUGUAUCUUGGUCUCCCACAGGGCAAUUACUAGCGCUAGGGAGCUAUGAUCAAAAGUGUCGUUUACUUAAUAAUUUCAAUUGGACUUGUUUGGCUUGUCUAAAGCACCCUGUUAAUAAACCAAUCGAUCCUUCUCUGGGACUUAGUCCAAAUGGCCGUCCUUUAUCUGUUGACAAUGAAGUUGAUGGGGCUUUAGAAACAUAUCGAGCACAUCGUAUUGAUAUCUAUGAAGAGUUUCGAGCAAAUGCUUCAUCAGAUUUAUCGACUGUACAGUAUAAAUUAGUUAAUGAUCCUGUUACUAUUCAAUCGAUUAAACCUGAUCCUAAUCAACCAUUUCCUAAAAUAGGAGUUGGUUUGACAGAAUUUUCACCAGACGGUCGGUUUUUGGCUACACGGAAUGAUAAUUGUCCGAAUGUCAUUUGGAUAUGGUCAAUUGAUCGACGCUUAAGUUUAUUUAGUCUCCUAAUUCAUACUAGUGGUCAUGUGUCUUCUCUGAUGUGGGAUCCAGGGUGUUCGGCUCGACUUGCUCUAUGUACAGGUUCAGAUGCGGUGUUUUUGUGGACACCCCAAGGAUGUCUUGUAGUUCAGGCCCCGGCACACUUUAAUUUCCUAAUUUCAUCCCUCCUCUGGCUUUCGACUGGAGAGGGAAUUUUAUUACAAUCGGAGAAUGAAUUUUGUCUAUGCUAUCUAGAUUCUGGUGAUAAAUUCGAGAAGCAUAAACCUCUUUGGAAACCGCCUCAAAUAAAUCUAUCUACUGGGAAACUGCAUCAGUAUGAAAUGGGAAAUUCUAAAAAUGAACCUGAUCAUUGCCUACCGUUUAAUAAUUUGGCUGAAAACGAAGACUAUGAUUCUAUUUCUAACCCAUUUGGUGAAGAUGCUCCAAAAUGGUUGAAACAACACAGUAAGAUAUCCUCUGAUAUUUCUGUAAAAGUUCGAAGAAGAAGUUUAUCUUCUUGUGAUAAACAUAAUGUCACAGGUAAAGAAUUGAAGCCUACUCGUGUUCUUUCUUCUUUAUCCAUCGGUCGACAAGCUUGGUUGGCUCCUUCACCAAAUAUGAAACUGGCACAAAAGUCAACAAAUCAAAAGACUGUUUUAACGACACGAUAAUGCUAUUCUGUUAAUCUAUUUACAUUUAAAUAUUUUUUUUGUAAAGAUACUACCGACUUGUUUUUAUUUCUUAUCAAUCAUGGCGUUUUGUGUAUCUGAUCGACUCAUGUUUUUCAAAUAUUGUAUUUACUACUCAGCUGAAUGGUUGCAAAGCAUUGCUUAGUUUUUUUUCCAAGAAAUAUGUAAAACAAAUCACCGGUGUUAUAUAAUUUCAUUUGUAAAUUUCAUGUUGUAUAAUUAAACCUUCAGCAGCAUAUAGUUAUUUACGAAGUAAAAAUUAGUUAUUAAUCAUGGCUUUUUAUGCUGAAAUCCCUUGGUCAUGUUUAUACUUUGAUCUGUAAUCAAAUGUUGAAUUUUAAUUGCCA